GGGCUCUGGCCUCUCUCUGGAGCCGGCUCGUUGGGGGCUGGGGAGCGGGGUGCGCGGGGCUCGGGGGCCGCGCCUUGCCACCUGCAGCGCCCGCAGCCGGCGGGACGCGCGCGGCCGGGUCGGGGGGCUAACGCGGGGGGAUUCUUGCAGGUGGGACUCGAGGGCAUUGCCUAGCGCCCAAGCCAUGGUGGCCAAACAGCGGAUCCGGAUGGCCAACGAGAAGCACAGCAAAAACAUCACCCAGAGGGGGAACGUAGCCAAAACCCUGAGGCCGCAAGAAGAGAAAUAUCCUGUGGGACCAUGGCUGUUGGCACUGUUUGUUUUUGUUGUCUGUGGCUCAGGUCGACCCAAAACACUGGCCUUUCCUGGGGACCGCCAGAACUGUCUCGAAAUUGUGACACCCAAAGUGGCUGUCACUCCCCUGAGACUGAGAAGCAGGAUGUUUGAGGAGCUGGGCAGCCUUGGAGAAGGUCUUCUAUUUCACCACAAAGGGAAGACUGAGGACAUGCCUCUGCCGAGAAACUCCUGCCUCGAGACCUGACAUGGACACUCUGGAAAAGAUGUCUCCUCAGCCACUGGCUCCCUCAAGGCAACUCCGGCAGCCUCCCACUCUCUAGCUGUCUCCCUUCUGUCACCCCUGUGUCCUGGCGCUCCCAGUUAGCUGAGGUAGGUCUAUCUCCAGGGUAAGAGUGGGCUGGGAUGACACAGUCCCAGGCCUUAAGGAGUUUAUGGUCUUUCAUGACUUUCCUUCCCUGCCAAAGACCGAGCUCUUGCAACAUCGGAAUCUAAAAGCAGUUAUUUGAUGUUGUUUCUUGGUUCACAAAAUAAUUCUCUGAGGUUUAUGAUAUGUUUUCCUCCAUGCUCUUUGCAAUUAUUCACCUUUCAUUUUCCUCCAAGAAAUAUUUACUGAGGACCUGCUACGUGCCUGGUGCUGAGCUAGGCCCAGGGUGGUCAUGAGCAAAAUCAUCCACGGUCCCUGCUGUCCUGGAGCCUACAGUCUGGUGGGAAAGCAACAUAAGUUCACCAAGUAGUCAUGUUGAAACCUGCGCGAUUUCAGUCAUGAAAGCGGAGGAGAGACAUGUAAAGCUGUGAAAGCGUAUAAGGCAAAAGGCUGGGCAAGUGGUUCUCAAAGUGUGGUCCCUGGACCAGCAGCCUCAGCAUCACCGGUGACCCAGUUAGAAAUACACAUUCUCAGGGCACCUGGGUGGUUCAGUCAGGUAGGCAUCCUACUCUUGAUCUCAGCUCAGGUCUUAAUCUCAGGGUCCUGAGUUCAAGCCCCACGGUGGGCUCCCCCCUGGGCAUGAAGCCUACUUAAAAAGAAAUACACAUUUUCAUUUCCCACUCUAGACCCACUGGAUUAGAAACUCUGGAGGUGGGGCCCAGCCUCUGUUUUCAUACAUCCUCAGGAGACUACCAUACACACACAGGUUUGAGAACUCUUGCCUCAGAUGGUCAAAGAAAGCUUCUCUGCAGAAAUAAGUUCUGGAUUAUAAAGGAAAACUAGGCAAUAGGGUAGGGCGGGAGAAGUAUUUCGUACAGAAAGAGUGGCAUAUGGAAAAGCCCUGUAGUAAGAGCAGAGAGUUUUGAAAACAUGAGGGAUUAGCCCAGGAGAGAAGAGUAAUAUAAGAUACGUCUGGACAGGUUGAUAGGACCAGGAUAUAUAGGUCAGGGAGGCCACAUCAAGGAUUGGGCAAUAGGAAGCUUUUUGAUGUGCUUGAAACACAGGGAUGACACAAUCUUACUUGUUU